CCCGCCGGAAUCAUCAAACACAUGAAUGGCCACCGUCAGAUUGCUCUCGUGGAUUACUUGGCCGUGUACUCUGACGUCAGCCUCCGCCAAUUGAACCCAAAAUCUGUUCACAUAUCGGCUGUUGACGAAAAGUCCAUGGUCCUCAGCUACGAUUUGACAUCUUCUGCUAACCAAAAACACACAUUUAACUGGCACGACAUGGACGAAAACGACCACAUUUCUGUUGCUUCUAUGAGCGAUAUAAACGCCAAAUUGACUGCUAUGGCCAAAUACGCUGCUGCAAAGCAGGGGGUUUCGCAUAUUCAAGUAACAGCAUAUCCUAAGUGGGACUGGAUUGCAACUGCUUCAGUAGCCAUCUGGAUGAUUUGUUCUUUAGGAUGCUACUCUCCAGACCUCAUAAAAAUCAAAAACGGCCCAAUUGCUGGGUUUUGUAAACUUAUUCUACCGGAAUUGGUACUCCAACUGAUGGGAUUUUGUGCCAACCACUGUGGAAGCAUUCUUGUGGGCACUUUGGUGCUUCAUAGCAUAGAGACACUCCUUCUUGUGGUUCCGAGAGUGCGCAAGUAUAGAGUUCCAUUGCCUGAACGGGUGUUAUGGUACUUUUUUGGUCUUCUAGAUGGAAACUUUACUGUUCAGAGGUUCGAUAAGCUAGUCGAUUCUGUUGCUUUAAGCACAGGUGUAUUUGAUAUAUGAUGUAUAUAUGAUAAACGAUGUAAGAGGUAUUCAGAAUAUCGUUAGAAAUUUGCAAUCCUAAAUUUGGUUAAA